AUGUCUAUUCAAGAAUCACUCAUUUUGUCAGCUGCUAAAUUUACCAAAAACAUAUUGAUUAACAGAAUAACAAUUAAUAUUAAUAAUACUCAAUCAAGGAAUACAUUACAUCAUGGAAGAAGUGUUCUUGGAAUUGGAAAUAAAUUAAUUACUCCAUUGCCCGUGAUGAUUAAUCGCAGAGAAACGGAAUCUAUUAAACUCGAAUCGACUAUCAAAAAGGCUUAUGGAAUUGUUACUUAUGAAAUUGAUGAUAGGUGUGAGGAUAGCUUACCAUUACUUCUUAUUGUAGGUCGGAAGAUAUCAAUCAUCGGAAAAAACAAAUGGUUUGUCUUUAUUGGCUAUGAAACAGAUCCUGAUUUUCCAGAUGAAAGAUCUAUAAAUGAAUAUUUGAAAGAAAAUGGAAAUACAGGGUCAAAUACUUUGGAUUUUAAAGCACAUUCGACGACCAUUGACGGAUCAAUAAAUGAUGGGAAUAACGCACAACUCAACAUUUGUAUCCGCCCUUGGGGGUUAUUAGAUAGACUUUUUUCUUGACGG